AUGGCCCCCACCCCAACCUCUUUGCUCUCCACCCACCAGUCCCCCUCCUCCGACCUCCACAUCAACCUGCACCCUCUCAUACUCCUCACAAUCUCCGACUACAUAACCCGUCACACGCUCCGCCGCCAGGAAACCCCCAUAGUAGGUGCCCUCAUCGGCCAACAGUCCGGCCGCUCAGUCAGCCUCGAGCACGCUUUCGAAUGCCAGACCGUGCAAUACAACGGACAGAUACUGCUGCACGAGACGUGGUUCAAAGACCGAUUGCAGCAGUACAAAGAUGUGCAUCUGGCUCCAGCUCUGGAGCUGGUGGGAUGGUUCACCACGAUCCCCGUGACGGGGCCGGAGGGCGCGCAUGUGCCCAUCCACCAGCAGAUCUUACACACCUACAACGAAACCGCCGUCCUCCUCGCCUUCCACCCGGCCAGCGUGCUCGAAGAAGGGGCAGCGGUGGGCGGCAAGCUCCCGCUCACGAUCUACGAGAGCGUCUACGAGAACAACGAAGGCCAAGGCAUGGAGGUCGACGGCGCCGAAGCGCCGCUGGAGCUGAAGUUCCGCGAACUGCCCUACAGCGUCGAGACCGGGGAAGCGGAGAUGAUCAGUGUGGACUUCGUGGCCAGGGGCGGAGGGAACGCCACGGCGAUCGACAGCGCAGCGAAGGAUACGAAAGGGCAGGCCUCGCAGAAGGCGGUUGGGCAGGUGGACAAGAAGGGGAAAGCGGUGGACAGGGAGAGUAAGGCCGUGGAUGAUUCGAGCAUGUUGAGUUCGGAGGAUGAAGAGCUCAUCGCAUCCCUCACCGCCCGCGCGAACGCAGUAAAGAUGCUCCACGCCCGCAUCCAACUUCUCAAAGCCUACCUCACAUCCCUGCCACCAUCCUACCUCACGACCACCACCACCGAUUCCCCCUCAGACCCCACCACACCCCCAACCGACGCCCCAAUCUCCGAAAUCAACCACCCUCUGCUCCGCUCGAUCCUCGCCCUGCUAUCGCGACUCCCCCUCCUGUUACCACCGGAACACCACUCCACGUUCCGGCAGGAAACGCUCGCCGAGAAAUCGGACGUGGAGCUGGUGUCGUUACUCGGGAGCCUAGGCAGGAGUGUGAAGGAAGCGCGGGAAAUGGGGCGGAAGUUCGGGAUGGUGGAGGGAGCGAGCAGGGGGAAGGGGAAGAGCGGGUAUAUGAGCAUGGCCGGCGGGGCCAUGGAUGAUGUGUGGAGUCAGGGAGUGAAUGGUGAUGGCGGGUCGGGAGGUGGAUCCAAUGGGGAAGGCUUGAGUAUGGAUGGCGGGUAUACAAUAUGA